CGGAGGAACAUACGUCAAAAUCUCAAGUAAUUCACUCAGGGACAGUUAACAAGGGUAUAUUUGCACUUAGGCUAAGGCCUUUAUGUAUAUUUUGGAACAUGGUAGAGGUACAAGCUCAGGUAUUAGGAGGGCCAGUGCACCUGGCUGGUGACACAGUACAGGUGUGCAUCACCAUAACAGUGCCCUCCCUAGACCCAGCAUUAAGGGCACAGUCAAGUGAUGUGUGUGAAGUUCUAGCUUGGGGGAGUGCACAGAUCCAUUGCCAGUGCUCUGUAAAUGAAUCUCGGGUGCGCUUACCAGCUACCAGCCCCAAGCAAGCAGAGGAACGUGCAGUCACAAAUGCUGACACCUCCUUUGCUCCGUGUCGUGGAGAACGUGGCCAUGUUGUCUUGUCAACAAAACCCAAGAUCUUGUUUUGUGAUCUUCAGCUGCUUCCAGGAGAAAGUCGGUCAUUUGUGUACAGAGAAACCCUCCCAUGUGAUGCACCACCAACAUAUCGCGGUCAACUGUUGAAGUACGCUUACAAGAUAACUAUUGGUGUCCAGAGGCUGGGGUCUCCAAUCAAACUUUUACGUGUGCCUAUUAGAGUUAUUGUUCUUCAAGGUUUGAGUGAGGCCUGUGUGUAUAGUGAGAGUGGGGAAUUAGCCCCCUCGAAUCCCUUUCUCCACACCCCGCAGCGGGAUACUCCGAGACACACUGCUUUACAGAUUAUUCAGAAUUUAUCAACAAGGAAGAAUGUAAACCAGUAUAAUAUAACCAACACCCAAGGCAAAGUUGUACGUUUUUGCAUUUACAAGACAAGUUUUAGACUUGGUGAAGACAUUGUGGCUACAUUUGACUUCAGUAGUGCAGAGGUUCCUUGUGUUCAGUACUCAGUAACCCUCCAGAGUGAGGAAGUAAUAAGUGAAGCGUGCCGUCAGCGUCCGUCCCAGAAGCCCAUGCUCGUGCCUUACAGCAAGGCUCAUGAAGUGUGCCUAAACAUGACGCACACUAACCUCUUGUUACCCAUCCCUCUACACGUCACGCCAACUUUCACGUCGGAUCUUGUGAGUCUACAGUGGCGGCUGCACUUUGAAUUUGUAACAAGCAAAACAGAAGUCCCAGGACCUUCCACUCCUCAGAACGCAGAAGAUCAGAUUGAGUGGCGAGCCCCAAGCUCACUAGAAAUCGAGACCAUGGUCUGGGAUCUGCCCAUUACAGUCUUGCCAACAACCCCAAGUCAAGUUGCUCAAGCCAUCUGUAUGCCAGCUCAGCAAACCUUGAAACUGUAGUUCCCUUUUUGCGUUUUAAUUUUGAAUAUAUCUUUUAGUUGCGUUUAAGCCAUUACCUGAAGUUGUAAUUACAAACAAUGAGUUUUUAUGUGAUUUUUUAUUAUUAUAAUUGUUCACUUAUUUGUUUCACAGAAGAAUAAUGUGGUAGUUAGCAUUCAAAUUAUGGGCAAAUGACUAUAUUAACAUGUAUAAUUGAAUUUGUUGUAAAUAAUAUUUAUUAGGCUACCAGUGACAUUUUACUACUGGGAGGAUGUUAUAUAGAACAUAUAUAGUAUGUACACACAGUAGCAUCCAAAAUUGUACUUUUCGGUUUAUACAAAUAUAUUUUCCUCAGUUAGUCUCUUUGGUGUACAUUGGAUAUUUGUACCUUAAAAAAAGAAAGAAAGAAAGUGUUGACUUCAUCAGGGACCUAGUCUGUGUUAUUUAUUUUAUGAUUUUGUGAAAUCCAUAUUUCUACUAGACAGAGAUAAAUCUUGUUAUCCAGUACGUGCGAAUUUGACGGAAAAGCUUUACCCAUUUUACUAAGUAAGGAAAUGUUGAUAAUUUUAAACUAACUUUUAACAAUGUUAUUGUAAAGAAAGAUCUUGUAAUAUGAAAUUUGUUAUUAGCUUGUAAGACAAGGAUGUAAAGAUAACUAUUUAUUGACAGUUAUUGCAACUAGUUUUACUUAAGAGUGAGGAUAAGGGGCCAAAGAGUGAAUGUGACGUGUGUAAAUUACAAAAGGGACGGAGGAUAUUUCCCCCUCCAAAUAUUAUAAAAAUACGUCUUCCUUUUGCAUAUUUUCUGCAAGGAAUGGAAUGAGAUUUUACAGGUACAACCAAGCAAUACUUUUAGGAGCUGAAAUAUGUUUUAAAUAAAUUUUAUCAUUUC